AUGCCUUCAUUAAGAAACGUCCUCAAGGGACUUGCUCUCUCCAGCUUCAUCGUCUUCUCAACGGCUGCGCCAGUAAAAGAAGGAGAUGCCUGUGGACCAGUUUCUCCUCCAACUCCUCCAACCCCACCUACUACUGCACCUAUCAAGGUUACAAGUAGCUCGUCAGUACCAUCGAAAACAGCAAGCUCGUCCACCACGACACCAACAGCAUCUGCCGUUCCAAGAAUCCCAGCGAGUGGAGCGAUCCCAGAUCUGAACGGCACCACUCUUGCUCUCUCAUACGUAGUCAUUGGCCGGGGUAUUCAGAACUACACAUGUAGCAAAGCCGGAUCAGUAGGAGCCGCCAUUGGAGCCAUCGCAACCCUCUACGAUGCCACCUCAUUAGCCUACUCCAACGAGAAGAUGCUCCACACUCUUCCUGCCCUCGCUGUCAACAUGCCAGAAGACAAAGCCGGAAAAUACAGAACAGCUGCUAAGGCGCUCGACCUUAAACCAAUUGGCCACCACUACUUCGACUUCAACGGAACACCCGUCUUCGACCUCAAUGUCGAGUCCAAGAUUCUCUUUGCCGCCAAGAAAGAAAACGUCAACGCCCCAGCGAACGCCGAUAAGGGACCCAUGGGAACUGGUGCGGUACAGUGGCUUAAGUUGGAAAACAAAGUCCCAUACUCAUUUGGAACAAGCGUGGGACUCGGAGCUGUCUACCGUAUUGAAACCGCUGGUGGAGUGUCAACACUUUGCACCGCAGACAGUGGAGUUAUUUCCGUUCCAUACGCCGCAGAGUACUGGUUCUACAGCUAG